AUGUCCCCGUAUCGUGCGUGCUACGACAAUUCCUUUCGUCCGCCGUCGCCCUCCUCAGGGUCGACCGAUGAUGAGGACUAUGAAGCCUAUCUGCAGGCUUCUCCUUACAACAACAGAUCGUAUGUUUCGAACAAAAAAUCAGUGUCUGGAGGGAAAACAACGAGUACGACGUACAGAAGCCCUCCGCUGGAUACCUAUGAGUUUGAAAGACAGCCCUAUCCUACACCAAGGACCCAGGCCCGAGAAAGUCCCUCGACGUCCGACUCGGAUGAAUCAAACCCCUCGGAUCCAGAGUAUGAUUCCAGACGGGGGGGUUACUCUCGAGACUGGGACUCGGACCCGCCCGACAACCGCUUUGAGGAAGCCAAGCGCCUUGUCUUCUCCGUGCUUCUCUGGGUACUAGACACUGCCCUCAGUGUACUGCAGUAUUUAUUGGAGCUUCCAUUACGGGUACUCCGCGCGAUCCGUCCUUGGGCCCUGUACACCUUCCUAUUUGCCUUAUCAGGUGUAUUGAUCUAUGCGACUUUGAGGCCCACGAUUCCUUAUAUCUAUCGAGAGAUCAGAGAGGAUCUUUUGACCUCGGUCCCCUACGGCAGGACACGAGAUAAGCACUGGGCUUCCCACGAACCCGGCGUUUUCGACAACGUGGUGGCUUUUCUAUGGGGAGGCAGGGCUGAAUCGGAGAAGGACAGAGGGCCGGAAUACCUGAAGAGGGUGGAAAGCCUGCAAGGGGGCUUUGUAGCCACGGCCCAGAUCUGCAAGCAAAUAUUGGUGGAAAGUGCAGAGAUGUACAAGUCUCACGAUUCUUUCAAAGAACUGUGGCGUUUGGUGUACGACUCGGAUUGGGAGAGAGGCACGAUGGCUGGCGAGGAGUUGUGGGCAGUCUGGAAAAGGAUGGCUUUGGAGACAAAGGCGUUGAUUGGUGACUUCCAGAAACGAAUACGGCUUUUUCACACAAAGAUAAAAGAAGAGGACUUGAAACUCGUGGACUUGGCCCACCAGUCGAAGCAGCUGAAAGCUCUGAGGCCUUCUGAGGAGGAGCUGGCGGCCGGGAAGAAAUCUACAUCGCCAAAGAUCCUCCGCUCCAGACCUCGAGGCACAGUUUUACCGACCGCGAAAGUCGAUAGUGAGGAGACAAAGAAGGAGACGGUGGAGCUCGACGAGCUAGGAAGACGCCGGUUGCGGGAUUUGGUAGUAACGAAUCUGGACAGGACGCGGUCAUGGAUUUCGGCCGCGAGGGUCGAUCUUAAUAUUUUGAUGAGAGAAUUGGAAGUCCUUCUAAGAGGGCUGGAAAAGGCCACCUCCAUCGUCUUCCACAUAUACCCGGAGAGGUAUUAUCACGACAGGGUGGAGUUGGCUAUAUGGAACAGGCUUCUCACGAAGGCGCGCGAAUCUGGCUUGAGUGACAAAUCCGCAGAAGACCUCAAAAAACUGCCCAAACACAUAUUGAGCGCACAGAAAUGUAUAUGGUCAAUGGUUACCACGCUGGGGAAGUCUUCGGAGGAGAUUGAGCUGCUGACGAACGCUCUUACUUCGACGACUCGUAGAUUGGCACCUAGGUGGACUGUUGAUGAAGUUGUGGGCGUGUACGCGAACAUCUCCCAAGAUCUGGAAGAAAGUGCAGAUUUGUUGGGGCUUUCAACCUUGCCAUAG